GUUAAGUGGUGGCAAGGUAGUGGAGGAAGGAGGUAAUAUGAAAUGGGUGGCGACAAAGGUGGACUUGGACCAACACGUUGUGGUGCCGGAACUCGGAGGUGGCAAUUUCCUCCUCGGAGGAUCGUCACCAGACAAGUUUAUGGAAGACUACAUUUACAACCUCAGCAAAACGAGCCUCUCGAAAGCGAAACCGCUAUGGGAUCUGCACCUCCUCAACCUCAAAACCUCCGACGCGGAGGCGGUGGCAAUCCUGCGAGUACACCAUUCCCUGGGCGACGGCACCUCGCUCAUCUCGCUCCUCCUUGCGUGCACUCGCCAGACCGCCAAUCCCCAGCUUCUCCCCACCGUUCCCACCACGAAGAGGAGGAGGCCAUCCGCGUUCUCAGGCGGGGCUUCUCCCAGAUUCUGGACUACGUAUGUUGUCCGGCUUCAGCAUUUCAUGUUGCUUCUGUGGCAUACAUUAGUUGACGUCUUCAUGUUUCUCGCCACUGCCGCCUUUCUCAAGGAUAGCAAUACCCCCAUCAAGGCCGCUCCUGGUUCUCACUUUAAUCCUAGACGGGUCGUUUUUCGGACCGUCAGUCUAGAUGAUUUCAAGCUUAUUAAGAACGCCAUGGAUAUGGUUGAGAUUGAGUAUUAUUCGAAUGUCUUCCCCAUGAUGCAUUUACAAAACCAUAUUCUCGUCAGACCGUGUUCACCCUCUGGAGAUAACCCCACAUCUGAGUUUUCAAUUAUCAAAGAACCCAACAAUGAUUGUGUGCGGAAUUUGGUGGGUAGUAUGAGCAGUAAUCAAUAUGGAUGGGUUAGUUUUCACAGUUAAUAUAAUUGCAAGUAAGAGUAAAGAUAAAAGAGAGAGACACGCAAACUUUAACGAGGUUCGAAGGUGGGGUAAUCCUUCUACGUCCUCAAAAUCCACUAUGUAGUUGGUUGUUGAAUAAAGAACCAACAAUUACACUUGUGUGAAUUUCUGCACGGUAUAUCUUCGCAAGGCCAAAGUUGCUACUGCACUCGUGCUGGCUUUGUUG